AGCACAAUUAGGGCGGAUCUUGGCAGUUUUUGCAAUAAAGAUGGCUGACGAAGAAUUAGCUCUGCAAACUGGUGGGCACGAUGAGGAGGACGCGGGACUGGGCGGCGGUACAGAAGAGGACAUGGAUCAGGAGGUAGAGGCGAUGAAGCAACGUAUUAAGGAGAUGGAAGCAGAGGCGCAAAAACUCCGAGAGAUGCAGGCCCAGGUGGAGAAGGAGAUGCACAUGUCUACCAACGGUGAAGGAGAUGCAGACAGUAAAGAAGAGGUGGAUUCCCGAUCCAUUUACAUUGGAAAUGUGGACUAUAGCUCUACACCUGAAGAAAUUCAAGCACACUUUCAAUCGUGUGGCACAAUCAAUCGGGUAACGAUCCUAUGUGACAAGUGGACAGGUCAUCCCAAAGGUUAUGCGUAUGUGGAAUUUGCGGAUCCAUCGAUUGUAGCAAAUGCAUUGGUGCUCAACGACUCCCUAUUUAAAGGAAGAUUGAUCAAGGUCAGUGCAAAGCGCACCAACCUUCCGGGUAUGAACGCACGCGGUAGAGGGCGUGGACGAGGCGGAUACAGAGGAUACCGUGGAGGCGGGUAUGCGGGUUACAGAGGAAGGCCACCGUUCAGGUCGCGCCGUGGGCAUUUUGCUCCAUACUGAGACAUUUUGGGGCGCUUUUGUGAAAGAUAUGUUGCCAGUUGCAACUGUGCAUCUUUCGGGGAAAAUGUUGGAUGGUAAUAAUACUGCUGGAUGUGAAUUUUCGUGCGUACAAAAGAAUAUGAGAUAUUAUAUCUUUUACAAGUUUUUUUAUUAUGCAUACAAUACAGUAACUGAAGACUUGGG